AUGUUUAAUGAGGUGUUGAAAUUCGGCUCCAUGAUCGUAGAUGCACUUCGGGUAUACAGGCACCCUGUAUUCGUUUAUAUCCCGCCCUAUGGAGAGCUGCGCGGAGGCUCUUGGGUGGUUAUUGACCCCACCAUCAACUCGUCACAGAUGGAGCUGUAUGCUGAUGAACUCGCCAGAGGAGGAGUCCUAGAGCCACCAGGCAUAUGUGAAAUUAAAUUCAAGGAAGCUGAAAGAAGAAAACUGAUGCACCAGAACGAUCAUACACUACAGCAGUGGCAACGAGAACUCGAAGCAGCCACCACACCUGAAGAGGCGGAGGAGAUAAAGGAGAAGAUAAAGAAGAGAGAGAACCUCCUUAUGCCGGUGUACACGCAGGUAGCGCACGUGUAUGCAGACCUCCAUGAUCGCGCGCCCCGCAUGGCAGCUCGUGGUGGGGUAAGAAGAAUUCUAAGUUGGCCCAAGGCCAGGGAAUUCUUCUACUGGAGAGUGCGGAGGCGACUCGCUGCAAACAGCGUUGUGUGA